AUGGCUGAUCCAUCAAAGCCGACUUACGAAAUCGAUUUGGACAAGGUAAUUGACAACUUAAAAUCAAACAUUUCUACACCGGGUGUACGAGUCAAUAUAUCUGAAUUGGAAUGUAUCGCCUUGUGCUGUUUAGUCAAACCAAUAUUCGAGAGUGAGAGCAUGCUUCUGCGCAUACAAGCUCCCAUCAAAGUGUGUGGAGAUAUUCAUGGUCAGUUUUACGAUCUGCUUCGACUUUUUGAUGUCUGCGAAUAUCCACCGCGAUCCCGAUUUCUGUUCUUGGGUGAUUAUGUUGACCGAGGUCAACAGUCCGUGGAAACUGUUUGUCUACUAUUCGCUCUAAAGAUCAAAUACCCCCGCGGUUUUUUCAUGCUUCGGGGCAAUCAUGAAAGUGAGAUUGUCAAUCGGGUCUACGGGUUUCGGGAAGAAUUAAAAGAACGCUUUGGAAAAUCAAAAAUUCACAAGCAUUUCGUAUCUGUCUUCAACGUGAUGCCUGUAGCGGCAGUGAUUGAGAAUAGUAUUUUUUGCUGUCACGGUGGUUUAUCUCCCGACCUUAUACCAGAGGUGCACAAGCCACUGGAUGCUUUAAUCAACCAGAUUCAACGACCAACCGAAGUUCCUCGACAAGGUCUGUUGUGUGACUUACUUUGGUCCGAUCCGGCUGACUAUAAUCAAGCCGGUGACCUCCCCACUGGUUGGCAUCCGAGCACACGUGGAUGUUCGUUCACGUUCGGUGUGGAUGUGAUCAACACUUUUCUGGACAAGUAUGAGUUGGACUUGGUUGUUCGAGCACAUCAAGUUGUCGAGGACGGCUACGAAUUCUAUUAUGAAAAUCGACUAAUCACCUUAUUCUCAGCACCAAAUUAUUGCAAUCAGUUCCAAAAUUCCGGUGGUGUAUUUGUCGUACGCAAAGCCGAUGAGGUAUUUGGCACUUUGGAAGGUGGAUUUGAAGUAAUACGCCCCGACACACGCUAUACAUUCAAUUACUACACAAGGAAGCAUCACGGCGAAUCAUCUCAAUAA